AUGUCCAACAAAGGCGAGAGCGUCAUCCUCCCCAGCAACGCCGUCUUCCUGGUCCACAAGGUCGGCAGCUCUAAACCCGGGCGCGAGAUUCAAUGGGAGACUCGGUCCAAGACGAUGCGCGCAGCUCCCGACCCAACGCCCCUGACAACUACAGCACCAAGCGCAAGUAAAAGCGUCAAGGCCAAAAGCGACGCUGCCGACGGAGCAUCGUGGGAGUUUGUCUCCUACACGCCUCGCAAGGACCAGCAGCUAGCAAGGCGACCAAAAGACAAGCGCAGGCGGCGCAAUGAAGGCCCAACCGUCUCACCCAAAGAGCGAUCCGUUGUCGUUCCCGUAAGACAGCAGCCGAAGUUGUCGUUGACUCAGAAUCCAGCAGGCGGCAUGUUUCCGGAUCUGCCUGUGACCCUGGUUGGGCAUGCGCUGCUUUAUAUCAACUUUUAUUUCCACUCAAUAGCCACUGACGCUUACACCCUUCCAUGCCUGCUCUUCAACCCGGCCAAAAGGGACUGGUUCCCCAGAAUGAUGCAGGAUGAAGCCUGGCGGUGCAUCAUCCUAUCUCUAUCCGCCAGCUCGCUUGCUGCGGUGACGGGAAACUCUUCCAACUAUGUAGAUUCCCACAGUCUUCUCGAUGAAGCACUGCGGCAGCUCAAGGUUCGCGUCGCAUCCGGCGCCCUUCCCUCUGAUCAAACUCUGGGGGCAAUUUCGUGCCUGUCCAUGUGGAGCAAUGAACAAGGCAAUUACGACAAGGCGUGGAUUCACGCCAAAGGCCUUGCCGAACUCGUCAAGUUACGAGGAGGCUUCUCCAAGAUUAACGAGGGGAUGAGAUCCAAGUUGUACCGAGGCGUCUUUGAUAUCGCGGUAGACCUGGAUAGACCCCCGCUUAUAGAAGGUCUCUGUAACUCUCCAAGUACUGCCUCUCUAGAUAGUCCAUGGUCGGAGGAAUCUGGAUCCUCUCUAUCUGAAUGCCGGAUUCCAAUGAGUCUUUUCGGCAUAUUCCAGGAUGUCUUACAAGUCAGUACCACCAUUGGCGAUGCAAUGACUCGAAACAUCAAGCUGGACACGACUUAUCUCUACGAAACCGUCUUUGGGCUCUAUAACCGCCUGCUCAACUGCCAAUCCGACACAAUGCCCAGUUGCGACAACAGCCUGAGAAUAUGCCUCAUCUUAUACAUCAAAUCCAUCGUAUCACAAGACCGCCUCAACGUGACAUCGAUGAAUUUGGUUCGCAAGCUCCAGGCCUCCAUCCAAGGUUGUCUACACUCUUCCGCACCGUUGACAAGGUGGAAGCUGUUCAUCGGCGGCCUAGCCGCUACAGAUGGAACUUCUGAGCAGCAGUGGUUCAUCCAACGUCUGGCAACGGCCGUGUCAGAGAGCAACAUGUCUGGCGAGGAUGGCUGGAAGUCAUUGCAGGCGGAUCUGAGCGAUAUCUUGUGGGUUAAGCCAAUCCAUGAGACCGCUGGGCAUAAACUGUGGCUACAGAUUGAGGAAACUCGUUCUACUUGA